AUGGUGUCAUUGAUGCAGAUAAUGCUGCUGAUAAAGAUGGCAGCAGCUUCUGUUCCUGGCUCUGAAAUGGACCCUAAACGUGGACAUGGAACUGGUUUUCCUAAACAAAGUGAAGACUUGUGCCAUCAGGUCGAAAUGAUUCCCUUCAACAGCUCCAGCAACAUCUGGUGCCUGAAGGUUAAUCAAUCGCACAUCACAGAGGUUCCCCAGCACGCCUUCAGCAGCCUUCAGAACCUCAGGAAACUCAUCAUCCGGGAGAACAGCAUGCUGCAGCGUAUCAGUCAGUAUGCCUUCGCCGACCUCCCUCAUCUCACUGAAGUCUCCAUAUCUGAAAACAUGGCGUUGGAGACUAUCGGAGCUUUUGCUUUCUCUAAUCUCCCAGAACUCACUGAGAUAGAGAUAACCAAGUCAAAGAGUCUGAAGUCCAUCCAUCCUGAUGCGUUCACGAACAUCGUGAACCUUCAACGUUUGAUCAUCACGAACACGGGCCUGAAAAUAUUUCCAAACUUCUCCAAGAUCCACUCUACGACCAGAGGUUUCCUGUUCGACAUGCAGGACAACAGCGGCAUAGAGACGAUCCCUGGCAACGCCUUCAAUGGCCUCUGCACACAGCCCAUCACAGAAAUACGGCUCACCAGAAAUGGCAUCAAGGAGGUGGCGAGUGACGCCUUCGACAAAACGAAGAUGUACAGAUUGCUCCUGAGAGGAAACAAACAGCUCACUCACAUCAGUCCCAGUGCUUUUGUGGGUUCCAGUGAGUUGGUGGUACUAGACGUCUCUCAAACCGCCGUCAGCUCACUGCCAGACUCCAUCCUCGGCGGUCUCAAGAAGCUGGUUGCAGAAUCGGCCUAUCAGCUAAAGAAACUUCCUCCCGUGCAGAAGUUCACCGCACUGCGCACGGCCAGCCUGACGUACCCGUCACACUGCUGCGCCUUCAUCAACAUGCGCAGGAACAGGUGGCAUCCUCAGUGCAACCAGCCUGAGCUGAGAGGCAUCCCGGCCUUCAUCAGGGAGCACUGUUCCAACUCCACCUCCUUCAACUGCACCCCAAAACCCGACAACUUCAACCCGUGCGAGGACAUCAUGUCUCCCGUCGUCCUGCGGAUCCUCAUCUGGAUCAUCUCUGUCCUUGCUCUGUUUGGCAACGUUGUAGUUCUCCUUGUAUUGUUAGGUGGCCGCUCCAAGCUGACGGUUCCCCGUUUUCUCAUGUGCCACUUGGCCUUCGCUGACCUCUGCAUGGGUAUCUACCUGGUCGUCAUAGCAACCGUAGACCUGCUCACUCAUGGUCAGUACUACAACCAUGCCAUCGACUGGCAGACAGGCCUCGGCUGCAACGCAGCAGGAUUUUUCACGGUGUUCGCCAGCGAGCUGUCAGUGUUCACAUUAACAGCCAUCACCGUAGAGCGCUGGCACACCAUCACACACGCCCUGCGGCUCGACCGCAAGCUUCGCCUGAGGCACGCCUGCACCAUCAUGACGGUGGGAUGGAUCUUCUCCUUACUGGCUGCUCUGCUGCCCACAGUUGGCGUCAGCAGUUAUGGCAAAGUGAGUAUCUGCCUACCCAUGGAUGUGGAGUCCCUGGUGUCCCAGGCGUACGUGGUUUUUCUACUUCUUCUCAACAUCCUGGCUUUUGUCUGUGUGUGUGGCUGUUACCUCAGUAUCUACUUAACUUACCGGAAGCCUUCAUCAGCGCCAGCCCACGCCGACACCCGGGUGGCUCAACGCAUGGCCAUCCUCAUCUUCACCGACUUCAUCUGCAUGGCUCCGAUCUCUUUCUUUGCCGUCUCGGCGGCCCUGAAGCUCCCUCUCAUUACCGUCUCGGACUCCAAACUCCUUCUGGUCCUUUUCUACCCCAUCAACUCGUGCUCAAACCCAUUCCUGUACGCCUUCUUCACCCGUACCUUCCGACGGGACUUCUUCCUUCUCGCAGCUCGCUUUGGCCUAUUUAAGACUCAGGCUCAGAUUUACAGAACCGAGACUUCUUCAUGUCAGCAGCCGACAUGGACCUCGCCAAAGAGCAGCCGAGGGAUGUGCUCCUUAGCCAACACACUGAGCCUAGACGGGAAACAAGAGUCCUGA